AUGAACUUGCUCCCUCAAUGAGGAAGUUUUUUUGCUUGAUAUUAAAUGAGUACUAUUCUUUUUUAAAAUAUUUUAUUAAAAUUAUACAUAAAAAUAAUUUCAGGCAUAUUAAAUUCCCAAUUUGCGAAUAUUUGAAAUGAAUCUAAUUUAAUUUCUAUAUUAUGCUUAAGCACUAACAAAUUCAAUAAAAUUAGCUAAAAAUCUAACCGUUUUCUGAGGUUUGGUUAAAGCGGGAAGUUAGAAAAUGCAAAAAGUUUAAAGCUUCCGAAAGUAAGAAUUAUUCAGGGUGAUGAAAUUAUUAAAAAAUUAAGCCAAGACAGAACUGACUCCCCCCCCUUUAAAUUGGAACUAAAAAUUUUGUUCCAAUUUAAAGGGGGGUUAAUUUUUUUUUUUAAAAAACAAUAUUAAUAUAAAAUUUUUUUAUAAAAAAUAUAAAAAUUUCAAAAACUUAUCGAAUUAGAUCAAAUAAUUUUGUUUAUAAUAAAAUGCUAUUUACUCUUUAUCCUUUAAAAAAAAGCAAGAUAUAACUAAAUUUUCAUUAUUAGUUAAUACGCCACUAUUAAUUGGUAUCAAAAUUAUUUACACAAAAAUUUUUAUUUUUUUAUUGAUAAAAAAAAUUAAAAAAAAAAAAUAUUUAAAAAAUUUAUCGAUCAAAGUGCUAAUUUUGUUUAAAUAAGAUGUAUUUAUACUCUAUUCUUUAAAAUAAAGCAAGAAUUAAGUAAAUUUUGAAUUUUUUAUAAAGAAUUCCUAUUGAAUUUAUAUUAAAACUAUCCAAAUAAAAAAUAUCAUUUUUAUCGAAAAAAACAAAAAUUUUUUUGAAAAUUUUUAAAAAAAAAAAUUAAUUUUUUUUUAAAAUUUACCAAUUAAGGAUAAUAAAUUUAUUUAAAUAAGAUGCUCUUUAUACUUUUUUCUUUAAAAAAGAGCAAGGUAUAAAUAAAUUUUUUAAUUUUAGUUAAGAAGAAACAAUUAACUUAUAUCAAAACUUUUUAGAUAAAAAUUAUAUAUAAUUUUUUAUUAUAAAAUUAAAUUUUGUUCCAAUUUAAAGGGGGGUUAAUUUACCAAAAAAGUGGAAAUUUUACCGAUAUUUUGUUUCCAAUUUAAAGGGGAGGGGGAGUGAGAGGAUCAAAUCAAGAAAAAAUUCAAUGAAUAAAAGCAUGGACCAAGACUCCACAAACUUUCCAAGUGUUUCUAAUGGAGGCGAUAUUAGUGGAGUAAGGAAUGAAGAACCUCCAAAAAACCCCAAAAAAGAUAAAACUCGAUCAUAUGGCAAGUGAUUUUUGUUUAGCCUAUGCAAAUGGAGCUGCAUAGAUGGAAUUGGAUCAUAA